UCAUUUUGUCUAAUUUAUUGCACAAGAAGGUAAUUAUUUGUGUGAUUUCCAAAAAGCUAUGAGUCGGAUCCGUAAGAACGCAACCCAUACACUAAAUUCAAGUAUUGGGACGAUUCAUCUCAGAUGAGCCAGGUGAGUAAGAGCAAUCAUGAUGCAUGGAAGAGGACAGCAACCCAAACGACGGCCCGGUCGCCCGCGCAAAUUGAACGUCACAGAAAAUAUGGCGAUUGAAAUUCCUGGUAAUGCAGAAGCGCAGGCAGAGGGUGAAAUUGGCAAACAAAAAGACACAGAUAAAGAUUUAAUCGCAAAUCGGCGCCGCCAGAUAAAGCUGCCAUUGCGUUUCAGAGAUCCUCCAGAUCAACCUCCAAAGCGGAAACGCAAAAGAAAAUGUUCCGUUUCAUCAGAUGAACAGGCCAAUUGCAGAAUCGAUAAACUCCUUAAGAAUCUUGUUCAGGGUGAAUCAAGAUCCAAGAUAAUGGGGUCAAGUUCAAAUCCUAGUUGCAGUGCAGCAGCAGAGGGCUCGAAUCCCUCUCAAGGAGGUUUUAAUGCGGGUGAUAUAGUUUGGGUUGUAUCUAAUCUAAAAAAUAUGCCUACUUGGCCUGGAACAAUUAUUGACUUUUAUAAAGAAGAUCUUCCCCCAUCUGUUCUUAGUGUCUACUAUCCUGGAACCCUCUGUGUGAUGCUUUUUGGCCCUUCUUUCAAAGAAGUUGGAGAAAAUGAAAAGGAUUAUGUUUGGGCAAGGCCCAAAAUGAUCUUUCCCUUUUUACCCUGUUUAGAGAAAUUUCAGGAUGAGUUUGCAAGUCUGCAUCCAAAUAAAAGAAGCUCCACUGAUUUUCGUUUGGCAAUAGAGGAGGCCAGUUUGGGAGAGUAUGGAAGUGGGCUUGUUAAGUCCUUGCCAGAAAGGAAUAGUAGUGCUGAGGAUGAAAUGGGGUUUAGAGAAGCUAACAUGUACUUGUACAAACAGUUCUGUGGCAUAUGCAGAAGGGUUUGCUCAGAUUAUGAAACAGACAGAGGCAGCUGGCUUAAUUGUCACAAGUGUGAUGUUUGGUGCCAUUCAGGAUGUGAUCCUGACAGCAGCAAGUAUCAGGAGGCUGAAUAUAUGUGUCCUAAAUGCCAGCUUUACUUUGAGGUUGCAGAGAAGAACAAGAUAAUGGUGGAGCAAGGGGAAGACUGGGUUGGGGUAGAGAAUGAUAAGGUUUUCUGUGCUCCUUAUCGGCUGACUGUUGUGUGCGGAGACAUGGAAGCAGAUUACCUUCCUAAUCAUCACUUAGUACUAUGUGAGUGUAUUGAAUGUGACAGGGGCUAUAUCAUGAGCAUUGGGGAUUGGGAAUUGCACACUGGGUGCACAGAGAAGAACUGGGAGACCAGUGUGACAGUGAAGGGCAUCAAUGUGUCUCUCAUAGAUUGGCUUAAUGAGCUCCACAAAGCAGGUGUUGGUGGGCUUGCUCAUUUUUUUAACCCAGAGGUAGGGGAAGCUCCACGCACCUCGAAGGAAAGAGACUUGAUCGUAGACCUGCUAGGCAUUUAUGAACCCUACAAAGUAAGCUGGAGCAUUGUAACUUGUGCAGUAUGCUUUUCAAACCAAGAUGAUGACCAGAACAAAAUCAUUAUCUGCAAGACAUGUCAAAUUGCUGUUCAUCAAGAUUGUUAUGGUGCGGGGAAUGUGGGAGAUGAAGCUCUUGCUUCAUGGGUUUGCAGAGCAUGCGAGACGCCAGCCAUUAAAAGAGAAUGCUGUCUCUGCCCUGUUGUGGGUGGUGCCCUGAAACCCACCACCACUCUUCACUUUUGGGUACAUGUCACCUGUGCUUGGCUUGUCAAGGAAGUUGUCUUUCCAGAUGAAGAUACCAUGGAACCUGCAGAUGGCAUCCUAAGAGUAGAUGGAAACUCCUUCAAGAAAACCUGUGUCAUCUGCAAUCAGAUUCAUGGCUCAUGUAUUCAAUGUUGCAGAUGCCCUAGGUCUUUUCAUGCCAUGUGUGCAGCAUUAGCUGGCUAUUGGAUUCAGUUAAGCAUCUUUGGAAAGGACAAAAGUGGCAGAGAUGUGGGCAAGUGGAUUUCCUAUUGUUCUGUGCACAAAACUCCCAACUCACAGAAUCCUCCAGGUUUAAUUCUAGGACCCCAGAAAGAAAAGCUAUGUACCAACAAAAAAUUGAAAGAACAGCAAGUUACAGAUUCAAUUCCAACUCAUACACCAGAUCAAGGAGAAGAAGAAACACAAGGAGAAGGAGAAACACAAGGAAAAGAUGAAUUACCAACAGCGAGCAGAUGCAGGGCAUGGCCCUACUCAUACAAGAAGGAAGGAAAGGCUGUGUUUCACAGGCCCAUGGGAUACAGUCGCCAUUCUCCACAGGUGAUGGAAACCAUCAAUUCUUUCAACCAACAAGCAGAAUUUUCCUCAUUUAAGGAACGCCUUCGUCAUGCCCUAGAAAACGAAAGAAAGAGGGUUUGUGUUGGGAAAUCUGGAAUACACGGAUUUGGUCUGUUUGCUCGGACACCCAUCCUACAGGGUGAAAUGGUAAUCGAAUACAGAGGUGAGAAAAUAAGGAAAACUGUGUCAGAUUACAGAGAAACGCUUUACAAGAACAAAGGAAUAAACUGUUAUUUUUUCAAAAUAACAGAAGAUAAUAUCAUCGAUGCAACAAAGAAAGGAAAUAUGGCUCGUUUACUCAAUCAUUCAUGUAAUCCCAACCUCUAUGCAAAGAUAAUCGAUGGCGAAGAGCGCAUUGAACUGAUUGCUGCCAGAGAUAUAACAGCAGGGGAAGAGUUGUGUUUUGACUACAACUCUUGCAUUGAUGGCGAAGAUGCUGCUGGUCAAGAAGCUGAUAAAGUUCCAUGCCAUUGUGGAGCACCUGCUUGUCGUAAAUACAUGUGAAUUAACACCCAGACCUCCUCAUCAUCUUCAUUUUUAGCUUGUUUUCCAUUCUAUCAAGUUUGAUUGAAUUCUCUCCUGCCCUAGCACUAUCUGUACCUAUGACACAAGCUUCUGCAACACAGAAUUUUGGAAACAAUGAGAGAUUGACAGCAUUUGCAUUGUAUAUAAUAAAUUUAAGUCCAUAUUUGCAUACUUAUAAAAACUUGAUUAAAUUAACAGGAAUGUUUGGA